CUGCCACUUCGCGUCGUGUCUUCAGUGAGCGCGAGGAGCGCUGCGCGCGUGUCUCCAUCCUCCGCGCCUCCGCUCUCUCCAGGAGUUCCCCAGCCGGUUGCGCGCGCUCCUCCCGCUCCUCUCCUGUGUCUCGCGGCAUGCUGGGGCUGUGGUAAGACGGGGGGAGAUGUGGAGUUUGCCGAGGAGCCGCAGCAGCUCCAGCAGCUCCAGCAGCCAGAGCGACGGCGGCGAGAAGCGGCAGCAGCAGCGCGAGAUCUCCGUCAACAUCGGCGGCGUGCGCCUCGCGCUGCGCCCCGAGCUGCUCAACCGCUACCCGGAGAGCCGCCUGGCCGAGCUGGCCAACUGCCCCGCGCGCAGCUUCGACCUCAUCUCCUCGCUGUGCGAUGACUACGACCCGUGCAGGCGCGAGUUCUACUUUGACCGGGACCCGGACUCCUUCAAGUGCAUCGUGGAGGUGUACUACUUUGGAGAGGUGCACAUGAAGCGGGGCAUCUGCCCCAUCUGCUUCAUCAAAGAGAUGGAGUUCUGGAAGAUCGACCUGAGCUACCUGGAUGAGUGCUGCAAGAGCAACCUGAGCGAGAAGGAGGAGGAGCUGGCGGAGAUCGCAGACAAGGUCCGGCUGCUGCUGGACGACCUGGACGGGCUGGACGGGGAACCCGAGGGGCCCAGGCGCUGGCAGAAGAUGGUCUGGAGGUUCAUGGAGAAGCCUGAGUCGUCCCUGGCCGCGCGCGUGGUGGCGGUGAUCUCCUUCCUCUUCAUUCUCAUUUCGUCUGUGGUCAUGUGCCUGGGCACAAUUCCAGACCUCCAGGUGGAGGACAGUGAGGGCAACCGGUCUGAACACCCUACGCUGGAUGCCAUCGAGACAGUGUGCAUCGGCUGGUUCACGGUGGAGUUUGUGCUUCGUCUUGGGUCGGCCCCCAGCAAGGUCCGCUUUGUACUGUCCUUCAUGAACGCUGUGGACUUUCUUGCCAUCAUGCCCUUCUACGUGGUGCUGACGCUUACCUACCUGGGCACGGCCAUGAUGGAGCUGGCUGACGUGCAGCAGGCGGUGCAGGCACUGCGCAUCAUGCGAGUGGCCCGUGUCUUCAAGCUGGCACGCCAUUCGUCAGGCCUGCAGACAUUGACCUAUGCCCUCAAGCGCAGUUUUAAAGAGCUUGGCCUAUUGCUUAUGUACAUGGGCGUGGGCAUCUUUGUGUUCUCGGCGCUCGGCUACACCAUGGAGCAGAGUCACCCGGAGACGCUGUUUCGCAGCAUCCCGCAGUCCUUCUGGUGGGCCAUCAUCACCAUGACCACUGUAGGCUACGGGGACAUUUACCCCAAGACAACGCUGGGUCGCUGCAAUGCGGCCAUCAGCUUCCUGUGUGGCGUCAUAGCCAUUGCGCUGCCCAUCCACCCCAUCAUAAACAACUUCGUCAUCUACUACAACAAGCAGAAGGUGCUAGAGACGGCUGCACGGCACGAGCUGGAGCUCAUGGAGCUGCAGUCUCUUGAGCAGACACCAGGGGGCGCCCCGCGGAAGCUAGAUGCUACGUGGGACGGCACUGUGCGUCCCUCUAGGAGUGACACACACAUCCCGUUGCUGACGGCUGCUCAUGGGACAGUGGCGAAGAAGAGGAGCGUGUCGUAAAACUUUAAUUAUGUGAUGGACAGUGGUGGCAUUUUACUUUGACUCAUGCAUCUUAAGGUCGUUUUAUACUUCUGCGAAGCUCUGUGUAGAUACAUUUGCAUAGAGAUCACAUUACAUGAAUUCGUAAUGACUACGUAACUCACAGAGGCUUAAAAAGAAGAGAGUGUGUAAUUAAUUAUAGUUCAAUUAUUUGAAUGUCAUUUUUUAUUGUCCCAGAGAAGAUAGAAAUGCAUUACAAUGAGUUGCUGAGGAGGGUGAUGCCCAGAAAAGCCCCCCGGAGGUUUUUCGUGGAAUGCAUGAGAAAGUAACAGUGUGAAAAACCAACUAGCUGCCUGUCUCAGUACGGAUUUAACAACCCCUCUACUAAUUAUAUUAGCACAAGUGAAGCUUGUAAGGUAUUGGAAAAUGCUUUGAGCCACAUAGCUAUUCGUAUUUGCAGUUUAAGAAGCACAAGAGGAUAAUGGGUAAUGUAGUCUUGGUCCUGUCCAUACUUUGAGGUACAGAGCCAACUGUACUUGCAGUUUAAGACGCACUAGAGGAUGAUGUGUAAAGUAGUCUUGGCCCCUGGCCACUAGAGGACAAUGAGUAACAUAGUCUUAGCCUCUCUCUACUUUGAGCUACAUAGCCAUCUAUUGCAGUUCAAAGCCCCUGGGAACACAUUUUUAUAUAGAACUUUUUGGUAUGAGACUAAACUUAUGUGAAGCAUUCAGAAAAGUUUAAAUAGAAAACACAAAGCAGAAAUAUGCAGACUUUUUAGCUUUUCCUUUUAAAUUGCAGCUUCAUUUCAUACAAGAUACGCAAUAAAAAUGGUAAAUAGUAGGAUAGCAUGCUAGUUAGCUUACAUAGAGGUUUGUAAGCAACAGCUCAUCAGCUCACCGGUUUUCUAGUUGCUCAGACUUGAAGAGAGGAUGGAGCUAUGUUAGCCUUGUGAUUGGUCAGGGUUCUGAUGACAUCAGUCUGGCCCAUUUUUAGACCUAUUUUACAUUCAUAGGAGAAUAAUAGUGAUUAAUUUAUAGCAGAGAUUUAUUAGACUAUGGGGAUAUAUUUAUAAGAAAUGCUUUGUACAUUUACACGGGGAAGCAGAUGAGCAAAAUUAACCCAAUUAAAAAGUAACUAACAUUUACCUACCCUGGUGCGUUUAGAAGAUGGGCAUUUGGCCUUCUACUUGGGCGCUCUAUGUUUUGAACUAUGAAGGCAUUCAUAAUUGCAGUUUAAGAAGCACUAGAGGAUGAUGGGUAAUGUAGUCUUGGCACCUCUAUACUUUGAACUACAAAGCCAUCUUUAGUUGCAGUUUAAAGCCCCUGGGAACACACUUUAUGUAAAGCGGAGCUGUGUUAGCUUUAUGAAUGGUCAGGUGUCUGCUGAUGUCAGCUUGACCCACUUUUACAUCCAGAAGAGUAAUAAUGCUGAAAUACAGAAAAGAUUUAUUAAACUUUGGAAAAAUAAUCAUAAAAAAUAUUUUCUAUUUUCACAGGGAGAUCAUAGGAGCCAAAUUAACCCAAUUAGAAAGAAAACUAACGUUUAGCAUUACAGAGGCUUUGAGAAGCUGGGUAAUCACUAUGCAGUUUAAGAAGAUUUUCAAAGUAUUGUCCAAUACACUACAAAACUCAUUAGUGAUUAAGUGAUCAUAAGUGUUUGCCUCUCCAAAGGAAUUAACCAAAUAACCAGCAAAGCCUUGCAGAUCUCUCCUCCCAUUACGGCCACUUAUGUAGCGCUGGUGAGUCACAGUUGAUGAGGGCAUGUUAAUAAGUGUGUGAAUCCGUGGUGUGUGUCAAACCAAUCUUUUUUGGUUGGGCACUGAACUUGCCAAAAUACCACUUUCUCGCUGCCAGUAUUUCACUACAUCUGUCUAUUCUCAAUCUACAGUCUACUACAUUGAAACACAUUCAGACUGAACUCUUAUAUUUCUUAUAAUUGCAGAGUACAACAAUGUUCACAGAUUCGCAGAAGUAUAAUUCCGCCUAUACCAAGCUAAACCCUUCUGUUGCGCACGUCUGAAGGCAGGGACGACCGCCAGGCUGCUUGUAAGUGGACGUUGGGUGUUUUUUAAUGCCUUGUUUCUGUUUGGAUGUUCAUAAUGUCACAGAUUCAAUAAAGUGCAUGCCAAACUUCGUCUGCAGGUUUUGCUUAAAGCGUUCAGACAAAUAUCACCAUGUGAUCACCAUGUAAUAUCAAAUGUUGAGUCUCUGAAGAUUUUCUUGAGUUGUACCCUAGGGAUUUUUGGAAAAUGUUUUUGCUGACUGGCAGGGGUACUCAAAUUAGGUCAUGUUUGCUUACAUAAUUUUGACUGGGCUGAAGUGACAAACAAAAACUAUAAAUGCCAUGCAUCUCACAACGUACAAAUCGAGACUGAUGACCAGAGUACAUUAUGCAUAUAUUCAGAAGCAUGUCCAAAAAAAAAUGCUUUAAUGUGGGAAUAGUGACACCAAACAUGGCCCUAUUUUAUUGCUCAGUAGGCAAGCUAGCAACCACGCACUGUGCAGCUUUGUGUAGUGCAGGGGUCGGCAAUUAAAUUUGGCUGGUAGCCAGAUAUUUUCCAAGCCAUUAAUUUGUGGGCCACAAAAAAAGUUUAAUGGGAUGGAGUUUUAAAGGCUAGUAGCUCUCCAGCUCAGAGGUUGUUGAACCCAAUUGCAGAACAGUUCAAA